AUGUGGGAUUGCGUCUUGCUUCUCGACGAGGCUGAUUUGUUCCUGGCGAAGCGGGACGUGGGAGAUUUGGUACGGAACUCUCUUGUGUCCGUCUUUCUUCGUGUGCUCGACUAUUACGACGGCGUCUUGUUCUUGACGACGAACCACGUCGAUAAAGGAGAUCGAAAGUCAAAAGCGGAGCUUCGUGGCAAAGGAGAGGAUGGCGAGCCGAAACUACCUCCCACCGAAAUUGACGAGGACAGCAUCCUCAACUUCGCCACCCGACAAUGGGAAAUUGCGAGGGAAAAUCCCAGCAGAAGAUGGAACGGCAGACAGAUCAGGAACAGCUUUCAAAUCGCCUACUCCCUGAUCAACUUGGACCAAGUCAGCGUGCCGACGUCUAAUUACGACGAUGAUUACGAUGACGACGAUGUCGACUAUGAUGAUGAGCCUGAGGUCGAUUUAACUCACCCUGAAGACAAGGAACCAGGAAUCCAUACAAUCUCACCAACCGUAUCUUUCCAAGUACCGCAGAAACCCGGCAAGCUUGACAGCUCGCAGUUCGAGAUCGUGGCGCGCUCCAUCCAACGCUUCGACAGCUACCUUGACAAGACACGUGGACAAGACUCGGACUACGCCAAGAUCAAAAACUUGCGCAGAGACGAUUGCUUGGACUCGGACGACGAGGAUCGUUCACCGGGAGGCACGGGUCGAUACUCUGGCGCCAGAGUCCCUCGAUCGCCACACCGCGGGACGCAUUACCGGUCGCCCGCAUCUCCGGCCCACCUAGAACCGCCCCCCGACCGCGGCGGAAGGAUGCAGCGGAAUUCUGCCAGAGAGCGAGAACAGAGGUCCUAUGGCAGCAGAAGGGGCCCGGAACCAGACGAUGAUGGUGAUGAUUAUGCUGAGGAAAUGCUGCGAUCGAGAACGGGAGUUCCUCCUGGGUCUUCUCCGCGAAGCAGGCAGCGUGAGUAUGAUGACGACUAUGAAUACACUCACCACAGGUACCGGAAGUUGAGGUACAUUGGAGAAGAUCACGAGUGCUUCGAACUCGACAGCGUCGUUACCUUCCGUGAGGAGUACGGAAUCAAGCUCGACAGCAACCCCUGGAAGAAUUUCAAGCGGUUAAAGCAUGUCUUUGAGUACGAGCAAAUGAAGCAGUGCCCCACAUUGGAAUGGAUUUCUGAUGUUCUUGGGGAGAUCGGAUUGACUCUCGAGGAUGUUGUUAUUAUGGAUAUCUGCAGCCUCUUCAGCGAUGACGAUCUCGAUCGAAUGGACAAGGAGUCACAGGGGACUUGGGACGCCGUCGAGAGAUCGUACGCAAUGGUCGAGGACAUACUCGAAUUGCUGAACCCAAGCAUGGUUCUUUCAUGCCAGUGCGUGACCAGGUGGGGACGUGUUCGUCCCAUGUACGCCUUGGUUCAGAAGAGACGAGAAGAAUAA